AUGACAGGACGCGCAAGUGAUAGCUGUCCUUUCAUGGCGGGCUCCGAGCGUCUGGUGGACCCUGAAGAUGAUGCAGCUCUUUGGGUUACCAUAGAAUUCCCUGAAGCAAUGAAGCUUACCCAUACGGACGAACAGCUGGUGAAUUGGGUGGUCGAUCAGAUCCUACGCCACAAGAUCAGUGUUUCAGCUUGUGCCCAGCAUUGCCAGAGACCCUUGUGUCUUUCGCUCCCAGUCGUUGGAAUUCCCAGGGAUGAGGAACACAAUAUCAGGGAUCAGGCUAAGACCCUGACACUCUGGUGGCUUGGAGAGAUCCUCGCAGACAGGGUCCAUCUUGACCGGAAUGUGAUUUUCCCUUAG